AUGUUCGGGAACGGAGGCUUAGCUCUCCCGGUUUGCUCCUUUCUCCUGCUACACCUCCCGGUUCUCCCGCUAACCAACAACUGGUCCGUUAAGGAGGAGGUGUUUCAGUGGUGGGGGGAGUGGUCCAGCUGGUCAUCCUGUUCCAGAAGCUGUGGAGGAGGUGUGAGGAGUCAGGAGAGGCACUGUCUCAUUCAGAGGCUUUCCACCACCCACAAUGUAAACAGCUCAUACUGUGUCGGCUCUCCUAAACAAUACCAGCUCUGUCCAAACCAGCCCUGUCCCAGCCCCAGUCUUAGCUUCAAACAACACCAGUGUUCCCAAUUCAAUUCUAAAGCCAUUGGAAGAAGAUACUAUCAGUGGAUACCUCUGUACCCAGCUGAUUACAUCAGCAUCUCCAAUAAGCCGUGUGACCUGCAGUGUACGACCAUCAGCGGAGAGCGACAGCUUCUAGUUCCCGCCCACGACGGCACCUUCUGCCGUGAUACCAAAUACAAUGGUGUCUGUAUAGAGGGGAUAUGUCAGCCUGUAGGAUGUGACGGGGAGCUGUACAGCAGUAAGACAGUAGACAGAUGUGGUGUAUGUGGAGGAAAUGGGACAUCAUGCCAGCGUAUCUCUGGAUCAUACAGGAAGGCACUCGCACAGUUAGGCUACGUGUUCAUCACCAACAUCCCAGCUGGAGCCACAGACAUUCAGAUCAUAGAGAGACACAAGACUGAGAACAUCCUGGCCCUGUCAGACGAAGCGGGACAUUUCUUCUUCAAUGGAAACACCGUGUUUGAUCAUCCUCAGAACUUCAGAGUGGCGGGAACAGUGUUUAAAUACCGACGUCCAAGCAGCGUGUUCUCUGACGGGCUGGAGUACAUCAUCGCUCAGGGACCCACGCAGCAAGGCCUGAAUGUCAUGUACUACAACCUAAAUGGAAAGCUCCCCCACAUCACCUACGAGUACACCAUCCCGCUCAAGUCUCAUGACAUCACUGCUGCGGAAGGCAUCACCACGGGCCCCUCGCACUCCCAUCUCAACCACACCUAUAACAAUGUAAAUGAGAAUAACGCCAAGGGGGAUCAAGCCAGGUCAAACCACAGCAGAGGCAGUGUGCAUCAGUAUAACAGGCAGCUUGGAGCUGAAGACCAAUCAGAUGUUCAACUGCAGGAAGAAGAAGAAGAAGAAGAAGAAGAAGAGGAGGAAGAGGAGGAGGAAGUAGUGGUGUGGGAAAUCCGGACGCCGAGCCCUCCUCCACCAGCAGCCAUGUUGGUGUACAGACCGGCUGAUGUCACCGGACGUGUGUUCAGUCACAAUGACGUGGAGGAGCGGGGACCUCCAGCAGCACCCGGAUACAUGAGUUCCUCCAACUCCAUUGACGAGCCUUCCACUGCUGAUGACAACACGCUGGUCAUCUCUUUCCCAGGAAGUCAGAGCGUUCAUUCUGCAGCACUACCAGAGGACACCGCCUACCUGCUGCUGGAGGAUCUGCAACACAACCAGACACACUCCCUCACGCAGUCAAACACACACUCUGUCAAACACACGCUCGCUGAUCCACACUCACAAGCAGAAACACAUGCUGAAACUCUCCCCCACACGGACACACGAUUGGAUACGCACCCAGAUACGCUGGCGGCGACCGACACACACGCCGUCCCACGCAAAGAAACAGACGGCGACUCACACACGGCUGUCCUGGUGCAGCUGCAACAGGUGUCUGCAGUCCAGGCAGCCAACACAGAGAGCAAUGACUUUGAUGUUGGUCUGGAGCCUGACAUUAGUCUGGCAGAUAUGUAUCGCUGGAAGGUUUCUGCUUAUGCUCCAUGCAGCACGACCUGUACCACAGGUAUCACCACUAGCUACGCCCUGUGUGUCCGCUACGAUGGGACUGAAGUUGAUGACAGUUACUGUGACUCUCUAACCAGACCUGAGCCCACACAUGAGUUCUGCACUGGAAAGGAAUGUCCUCCAAGAUGGGAGACCAGCGGUUGGAGUGAGUGCUCUCGAACCUGUGGCGAGGGCUUUCAGUACAGGACCGUGCGCUGCUGGAAGAUGCUGUCACCCGGUCUCGACUCGUCCGUCUACGACUCGCUGUGUCUGUCACAUGACCUUCACAAACCAGCCAAUAGAAAAGUCUGCGUGGGUCAGAGCUGCGGACCCCAGUGGGAGGUCUCAGAGUGGUCAGAGUGCUCGGCACGUUGUGGCUCUCGAGGCGUUCGGACUCGGGAGGUCCGUUGCUCCAUGGACAUGAAGCUGUGUAACAAGUCCUCUCAGCCAAUAGAAAAUCAGGAAUGCGAAGGCCCGCCCUGCGACAGACGAUGGACAGUUUCUGAUUGGGGACCUUGCUCAGGUGUUUGUGGAGAGGGGAGGAUGAUGCGUGCAGUGACCUGUCGAUCAUCAGGUGGGGUAGUGAUGUCAGAAGAGCAGUGCGAUCAGUCAUUGCGCCCGUUGGCCAUCUACCCCUGCGGUGACAGAGACUGCGCCCCCCACUGGGUCGAACAGGAAUGGCAACAGUGUAAUGCUACAUGUGGGCGUGGUGUGCGCCAGCGUCAGGUGGUGUGUGCCGGCCUGGAAGGUGGUGUGUUUAAAGAGUUUCCAGACAGCAGCUGUUCUCAAAGCAACAAACCAGAGACCAGCUCCUCCUGCUUUCAGAGACCCUGUUCCAAAUGGUUCACCACGUCCUGGUCUCAGUGCAGUAAGACCUGUGGGAGUGGUGUCCAGGUUCGUGAAGUGAAGUGUUACCAGGGGGAGGAGCUGGUAACCAGGGGCCACAGCUGCGACUCUGCCCUCAAGCCAGAAGCCAGACAGAGCUGUGAAAUCCAGAGGUGUCCUACAGAAGCUCCAGCAGUAGACGACUCGUGCCAAGACAAGCCAACAGCCAACUGUGCCUUGGUUCUAAAGGUGAAACUGUGCUCCCAUUGGUACUAUAGAAAGGCCUGCUGCCAAUCCUGUAGGGCACCGAGACCCUGAAGUCUUAACUUUCUUAACCUCAGCCCCCGAACACCAACCACUGGUACCGAAGGUCACUCUACAUUCAUAUUGGUGCUACACGAAAGCCAGCUGCUAGCAAUGUAAGACCUUUGGACAUCAACGUUAACCUUAUUACUGUUACUCCUUUCACUGA